AAUUAUUGGGUAAGCAUGUUGUAUUGUAUUUAUAUAUGACUCAUUUGUCAUCCAUAUUAGAAAGUGUGUUUAGUCUCCUCAUAUUCGUUUUUUAAACAUGCACUUGUCAUUUGGAAAUUAACGGGAGUGAGAUUGAUUAGUGGAGCAAAAUAGAGGGGCAAAGGAUGUUGAAUUGAAAGAUUUCAAUCAUAUCAAGUCACGAGAUUGCUUGGUCUGAAUUAGAGAAAUCAAGGGAUUUGCAGCCACAAUCAAGGGGGAGCUUCUGCCUAUGGAAAGUCCCAAACCUUCCAAGUCUGGAUCGAUUCGAAAAGCCUCUGUCCAACGGCUAUCUUCUUGACGACUAUUUAAAGGAAGAACAGAGUUCGUUUAGUCACUGGUUCUGGGAUUCUUUGUGGAAUAGGGCAAAGGGUUGGGGAUUAUCAGUGGCCUUGAUCAUUCUGAGGAAUCUCCAUGGACCCCUUUCGCAUAGUUACUCCCAAUGUUUAUCUCACUUCUGAUGACAUCCUCGACGAGAUUGCGAUUGCCGUUGAGGGGGAGGACACUGAUGAUGACACUGAUGAUAAUGAUAGUGAUACUAAUGACGGUGCUGGCAACAACUCUGAUGACGAUGGACCGGUGGAAGCUUCUGAGCCAGAAGGUGAGGUCGAACCUAUCCCUGACAUUGAAGUUCACUGGAUUAGCAGUGACGAAGACUCUGAUAGCGAUGCUUCUACGGAUUCCUCCUCUGACACUCCUUCUCUAGCAGAAGUACUGGCUGACCUCAGGGAUACAUACUACUCUGAGUAACUUUUUCCUGAUGUCAAGAUUCAGUUUUCAGUGUUCCAGUUUUGAAUCAGUCGGUCUGAAUGUUUUCUUGCUAAACUUGAUCUGCUUUUCUGUUGUGCUUGACUGAACUGGUUUGCUGGACAUGUUUUACCAGCUGAACUGCUUUUGGGCUUGCUUAGCCAGAUGACUAGACUGGUUUGAUGGGGGUGUGUUUUUCAGCUGAUUAAUCGUUUGGUUAGACUAUAUGCUUGUGUUUAUUAGACUUUGCUAUGCUCCGGAAGAGGUAUACAUGUUUUUGCAGGAUUCAAUCGGACAAUCAGCAAUCUCUAACUUAGGGGGAGAUUGUUGAAUUGAAAGAUUUCAAUCAUAUCAAGUCACGAGAUUGCUUGGUCUGAAUUAGAGAAAUCAAGGGAUUUGCAGCCG